AUGGAGAAUUGUACCAAAGUGAGAGAGUUUAUCCUCCUGGGACUAACCAAUGAUCCAGGCCUGCAGGUCACUCUCUUUAUCAUGUUCACCCUCAUUUAUCUCAUCGAUGUGGUUGGAAACCUGGGAAUGAUCAUGCUGGUUCUUAUGGACUCUCGUCUCCACACACCCAUGUACUUUUUCCUCUGUAACCUGUCUCUUGUAGACUUGGGUUAUUCCUCAGCUGUCACUCCCACAGUCAUUUCUGAGUUUUUCAUAGUCUCUAAGGUCAUUUCCUAUAAUGCCUGUGCUGCGCAGAUGUUUUUUUUCAUAGGCUUUGCCACUGGGGAAAAUUACCUCUUAGCAUCAAUGGCCUAUGACCGCUAUGUAGCAGUGUACAACCCCCUGCAUUAUUCCACCAGGAUGACAACAAGUGUUUGUAUUCGCCUGAACAUUGGCUGUUAUAUCUGUGGUUUCUUGAAUGCCAUUUUUCAUGUUGGGGACAUAUUCAGCCUAUCUUUUGGUAAAUCCAAUGUGGUCCAUCACUUUUUCUGUGAUGUUCCGGCAGUUAUGGCUCUGUCUUGCUCUGAUAUAUACUUUAGUGAAGUGAUUCUUGUUUUUUUGUCUACCUUCAAUGUCUUCUUUGCUCUUUUGAUUAUCUUAGUUUCCUAUCUUUUCAUAUUUAUUACCAUCUUGAAGAUGAAGUCAGAGAGGGGACACCAUAAGGCUUUGUCCACCUGUGCCUCCCACCUCACCACAGUCUCCAUAUUUUAUGGCACUGUAAUUUUCAUGUACUUACAACCCAGCUCCAGUCAUUCCAUGGAUGCAGAUAAAAUAGCGUCUAUGUUCUACACUAUGAUCAUCCCCACACUGAACCCUUUAGUCUAUAGCCUGAGGAACAAGGAAGUCAGCAAUGCAUUUGAGAAAGUAUUUAAGAAGGCAAAAUUUUUAUGUAAGAGUGAAAUUUUCAAUUGA